UGUGUGUGCGUGCGUGUGUGCUUGUGUGUCUCCGCGAGUGUGCGUGCGCGCGCAGCCACUGCCGUGCGCCGGAGGCUUAUGGUAAUUGCGGUCUCCCUACUGGCCUUCUGGGUAGAGUCUGCGCGAGUGGGAGUGGAGCGAGUCGCUCGGUCUCGGCAGCGUUCAUCCAUUCCGUGCGGCACUCCCCGUACAGCUCCGUGCGUCCUCGGUGCGAAACAAGGGGGCUCCGACCGGGCUCGCUCUCUCUCUCUCUCUCUCUCUGUCUCUCUCUCUCUCUCUCUGCGCUCGUCGAAAGGGGAAACCGCGGGACGGAGAGCGACACGGAAUAACCUUCAGCGAACCCCCCCGACCGGACGCGGACUGCGCAGACGGAGAGGACAUGGAGUGACGGCGCGAGCGGGAGAAAAAGGGGCUUUUUCCGAGCGCGGCGUGCUCCGCUGAAACCCAACAUGGCGCUGCUGCGAGCAGACAGGACCGUAAUUGGGCCAGUCUACGUACGCACGGGAUCGCUGCCCCCCCCACCCCCCCACCCCGAGUUAACUUGGGAAAAACAGGAAAAAGGCGUGAGUUGGAGCGCACGAGACGACGGCUGGAACUGGCACCAAUUAACCAGGGCAACAUCUGUUCGUGAUGUCGAUGCUGAGACACAAACCAACCUGGAACUAAGACAAGGGAACCACAUCACACAAAACAUGGUGGAUGCGAGGUUGACACCCCUGGCAGCAAUGGGGCUUGACCGAGGCGCUCUGAUGCAUGAUGGCCUUCGUCUCCAUGGUGGGGUUGUAUACCCAGGGAUCAGAGCACUACCAGCUGACAAGAGCAGAGAGACGCCCGGUCUCCCCCUCACUUAUAACAGGGAUGGCCUCCCAGAGCUCAUCUACAAGCCUGAUGGCCCUCUGGACAGUCGUAAGCCCAAUAAUGGAUACCUGGGCCUCUACAAGGGCACCCAUCCAGGUCACCACAAGCCUGUGCUGGUUCCUGGAGCUGAAGGUCUAGGCUUGGAACGCAGAGUGGUGCCUGGAGACAAAGCAUCUGAGCUGGGCUUGGCUGGUGGCAGCUACCUGCGCCUGCCAUGGCUCAGCCCCUACCCUGAAGCAAGCAUGUAUCCCUUCAUGGACACAUCCAAGUAUGCGGCUCUAAACAUGUACAAAGCCUCCUUGCUCAGCCAGCCCAACCCCUAUCUUCCCCAGCACCUGGCCUACUCUAUGUGUGCAGCUCAGGGGGGUAACCCUGCUGCAGCGUCUGCUGCAGAGAGGCUAUACUAUAUGCCACCUUAUCCUCCCUCUCCCAUCUCUUCUCCAAUGGUGGCGCCCCCCAUGAGGAUUCCUACAGUUACAGUGGCUCCCACAUCACUGGUACACUGCCAAGACAAAGGGCUUGGUGUUCCACCUUCAUUUGCACAGCAACUUCACCAACCUUCCCCUCAUUCUCAGCACCAUCAGGCUGCUUUAGACAGGGACCGGUCCCCAAGCAGGAGCAGUCGCCCAAGCAGACCUCCCUCUCGGAAGGGCUCAAGCAACAACAAUAACAGCAGUACUUCUAGCACUAGUGGCACCAAUGGUGGGAAUAAUAAUAGUCUGCCUACUGAUUCUUCUUCUCAUGCAUCCUCUCGCCUUCCCCAGCCUCCCCAUUCCCCUGCUCUCAAUGACAGUUCACAAGACAUACAAAGACCAGUUGCUAGGAUCGGACAACCACCCACCUCCUCCACUUCUUCAGUAUCUUCUUCAUCCUCAACCACGCAGUCCAUUCCUCAUCCAUUCUCUGUGAGCAGCAUGGCAUCAGAGCAGCCCUCUCCUGCCCGGCCCAGCCCCCACAAGUCCAGGCAGAGAGAUGGUGCAUCUGAGCACAGAAGUUUAGGGGUUGAAAGGAGACCCAGCAGGUCGCCCUCCAAGCCUAAUUUUGAGAGGCCAGCUCACCAACCCCAAGCAACCAAAGACUCGGCUGAGAAGCCCUUAGAUUUGUCUGGAAGAAUACUUGAGUUUGGACUGCCUCACAAUGGAUUCCCAGUUAAGAUGGACACUAUGGCAUCGAGUGCACGUUAUGGACUACCCCCUAGCCGAGAGCUCCUUAAGGAAAACCUGUCCCUCUCUCCCUCCUCCCAUCCUCACUCUGUGGUCAGCAGCACUUCUUCAAAGGUCUCAGAGAGGCCAGAGAUGAUCAGCACUUUACACUCCUCCUGGGUUGUACCUAGCCCUUCUCCUUCCCAUACGCAGCACACCCCAGGCCUGCCCUCCUCUCCAAGGCCUAACGCAGACCUGGGCCUUUCACAAGCCAAAGGCUCCUCACCCUCCGUCAUCAAACACAAGGGUCUGGAGAGAGUUCACCCUCAGCAACGUAGCUCAUCCUGUCCAAGGACUGUGGAGCCCAACCAUAACGUUUCCUCCACUCAACACUCUGGCUCUUCUCUGGUCAGUUCAAGGGCUCUUUCUCCCAAACCUAAUGGUGAGUGGGUCAAACAUAGCCCCAGCCAAUCAGAACAUCCAUCAGUUGGGUGCCACCACAGAGAGGGAACAGAGAAGUCCUCCCUGACCACUAAGAGAGGUGAAACAACUCCAGAGGUGCAAUCAUACAAGAGGCCCUGUGUAGAGAAUGGUCACCCCUCCGGCCACCUUUACCUCCCUCAAAAUGACGCUUAUCUGAACCACAGUUUGGCUUAUGCCAAUAGAUACCUGCACUACCCCAUCCCUGAUGGCAUGGCACUUCACUCCCUGCCAAUUACAGGGAAAGGCCCAGUCUACCCUCAUCCAGUACUGCUUGGCAGCAACAGCCUCUACCCAACCCACCUGGCAGCAAAACACCCUUUACCGUACCACAACCUCCCAGCUGGUCCAGGAGGGGAGUACCUCACUUAUAACUCACAGGAGAUGGCCCAUCCCCUGAUGCAGACUCACUCAGAAAAUAAGCUGCCAGAAAGGGGAGAUUCAAGUUUGAAGCCUCGGGGACAGGAAAAAUCACGGGGGGCUGUUGAGGAAUGUGUUGGCCACAGAGAUCACAAUAUUGGGAAAGAGACUGGUGAAGGAAGCCAAAUAAAGCCUGGAAGAGAUUCAGGAGCACAAGGACAGGUUGGCAGCCAAAGCAAAGCUCCUUCUUCCUCUUUAACAUCCAGAGAAAAGAUUGUAUGCAUUGACCUUGUACACUCUGACACAGAUAUUGAGUCUACCCCAACAGUCCACAAACAGCCUUCCGGUGAGACCAGCACCAAGGUUAACCAAAAUGAAUGUUGUCAUAGUAACCAAAAUCUAACAAAGACUGACUAUGAGCCUAAACACCAACACCACCUUUCACAUCCUUAUCAAAUCCACUCUGGACAGAGCCCCACCCUGAAGCCCAACUACAGUGACAGACAGCCAGAACCUCCCUUUGGGAAAGCAAAGGUUCUUCAGGACACAGGCUGUCCAGGGGUGACAUCUAGCACAUCCCUGACUUCCCCGAGUCAGAUUGAUCAUUCAGAGGAGAGCCUGGGGGAACGGAGUCCCAGCCCAGACCCUGGAGACCAGGACCAGAGCACCUUGCGCUGUGCUCGUACUUCUGGGGAGCGCAGCUCUGGUAAGGACAAAGGGGACAGGGACCGCCGAGCUCUCUUCAUCACUCAGCACUGCACAGAUGUGGUGACGGAGUCGGACCAGGAAAAAAUGUGCGAGAGGGAGACUGAAAGGGAAGACAGUAUUGUUGACCUCGGAGAGUCCCAAGGAGAAGGGGAUGAGGAGGACGAAGACGGUAACCAGACUUCAUCUAAAGGGUCUCGUAGAUCCAGUCUGGCCAAGAGGAUUGCUAACUCCACAGGCUACGUUGGCGACCGCUUUAAAUGUGUCACCACUGAGCUGUAUGCUGACUCCAGCAAGCUGAGCCGUGAACAGAGAGCUUUGCAGAUGGAAGUCAUAUCACGAGAGGGGAGUAAUAUAAGUCAACCUGCAGCUAACUGGGAGCGGGCAAUGAUGCGGUUCUCGGAGCUGGAGCUGAAGGAGAAGGAGGGCGGCGGUGUGUGUGUGUCUGCCUCAGCAGCAGGACGGGAGCUGGCAGACGGCCAGCGCAGAGAGCGAGCGCUGGAACACUGCCAGCACACCACCAGGCAGGGAGAGAGGGAGGAUGUCCGGCCGGCGUACACUAAUAACAGAGUUCCAGUCCUCCAGAGGUGUGGGGGCCCGAGGGAGCCUUGGUCCCCAGGGCAGGGGGCCAGAGACGGGGCCAGAGGUGCCUGCCACGGAGGGCUAAAUGACGGAACGAGGAAGGUGUUCAGAGAGUCAGAAGACGGUUAUUGCAUGCCCCCCACUUUGACUCCGGCGAGAGGGUACGCCGAGGAGAGAGCCUGCCUUGGCUUUGGCGCCGCCAGGAAGCGUCCACUCUACAUCAAGGCCGAGCAGGAGGACUCGGAGAGGGAGGACGCGGAGCGGCUGUUCCACGCAGAGAAAAGACCCAAAAUUUCUGCAGAUGAGCGUGAACAGGCCAGUCCCGACGAGGAUGACGACGACGAGGUGCGCAAGCUUAAGGUCUGCAUUGAGCUGAAGGGCCUGAGACUCAGCAAGCCCGCCACCGGCGCAGUUUCCCCCGAUGGGUUCCAAAUCAAACAGGAGAGGCCGUGGCCCCAGCCCCGAUUGGUCGCCCAGGCCCAGAGCCCGCGGGAUCGCAAGAUCAGGGCCGGUGAGCCAGACGAGCGAGCCGCAGCGCAGCGAGCUGAGAUCAACAGGAAAUGGGGCUGCGAGAAGCUACUUAAUGGAGUAGCUACUCCUCCCCUUCCCCCCAGCCAGCUGAAGGACAGAGCGUACCCGCUGGACCCCUUCUCAGGUGACCGUGGCCUCAAGGAGCCCAGGAGGGCCCCCCCUUCUCCGGCCCCGGAGCAGUCCAUGGGAGGCACCCCUCCCCUCAAGCCUCGUCGCCAUAGUGACGCGGACAAACCCAAGGGCAAGCGGCCCUGCAAGACCAAACACACCGGGCAGAGGGAGCGAGAGCGGGAGAAAAGGAAAGACGGCGCUCCCAACAGCCCGGGCCAGCAGUGUGUCCCCGAUCUGGGAGCAGCCGAAGACGACAAGCUGACUGAGCAGCGCUGCGCUCCGAGGAAGAGAGCCGCCUCUCCUAAUCAUUAUCCCUGCUCUCCAGUCAAGCCCUGCUCCCCCGCCGCGCUCUGCCCGCCCUCCCUGCAGCCCCAGGUGAACGGCCGAGCUGGCAGUGUCCCACCAGAGGCAACGGGGCUGCACAGGACACCCCCCGCCGAGCCCCCCACGGUGCGUCCAAUCCCGCCAGAGGCUCGCCGGCUGAUAGUGAACAAGAACGCCGGGGAGACUCUGCUCCAGAGAGCGGCGCGGCUUGGCUACGAGGAGGUGGUGCUGUACUGUCUGGAGAACAGAGUAUGCGAGGUGAAUCACAGAGACUACGCCGGCUACUGUGCUCUCCACGAGGCCUGCGCCCGCGGCUGGAUCAGCAUAGUCCAACACCUGCUGGACUACGGGGCCGACAUCAACUGCAGUGCACAGGAUGGCACCAGACCGAUUCACGAUGCCGUGGAGAACGACCACCUGGACGUAGUGAGAGUCCUGCUGUCCUAUGGCGCUGACCCUACUCUGGCCACGUAUUCUGGCCGGGGCCUCCUCAAGAUGACCCACAGUGACAGCAUGGAGCACUUCCUCACUGAUUAUUUUGCUGACCUUCAGGGCCGCUCAGAUGACGACCCAGGGCUUUACUGGGAAUUCUAUGGCAGCGCUGUGUGUGAGUCUAGCGAAGACGGCAGGGUCUAUGACAUCCUGGCAGACCCACCGGGCCCAGAGGACGAGGCUGAGGACGAAAAGAGGGAGGUGUUCGAGUUUGAGUUCUCUGACCGACCUCUGCUGCCGUGCUACAACAUCCAGGUGUCCCUCUCCCAAGGCCCAAGAAACUGGCUGCUGCUGUCCGACGUGCUUCGCCGGCUGCGGAUGUCGGCGCGUGGUUUCCGACAGACCUUCCCCCACAUGGAGGUGGUGACGGUGGCGGAGGCAGAGUUUUACCAGCAGGCGUCUCUGUCGCAGCUCUUCUCCUGCCCAGAGGAGCUGGAGGGAUUCCACCCGGACAGCAAGGAGCUGUUGGACCUGGUGGAGGACAGCGCCGAGCUGGCCGCCCUGCUGGGCUCCACACUGGAGUUCCUGGACGACCGCUGGGACCACCCAGGGGACAAACUGAAGGACAAAAUCAGGGCUGUCGGCAAGCUGGGCUCAUCCUGACCCCUGGGGCCACUAAAACCAGGACCUUGAUGCUUACUGACUUUAGUUUGCUUGAAAACCAACCAGGGGUUAUGACGACAUGCCUCAGCCUGACUUUUUUCGCUCCCACGCUUCGGCCCUGCUCCGGACCAGCACUGGUGCACUGUACAGAUGGAUUGACCUGCUGGCUGCCCGAGCUGCUCAGAUAUAUCCCUCCGUUAACUGAGGAUCAAUAAAUUUGUGGCUAUGUAGACUCAUAAUGGUCUUAUUUUUAUAAAUUAAUAUAUGUUAUAAGUGAAUAAUUAUGAAUAUAUAUAUAUCUAUAUAUAGAUAUAUAUAGAUAUAUAUAUCUAUAUAUAUAUAUAAAUAGCGAGAUUCUUUUCUUUUGGAUGUUGCUCACGACUCCUCCGAAAGAUUUUGUAUGACGAGUGUAGUCGUGUUGUCAGCAAGUGUGUGUGGGCGCACAGCACAUUGUUCAUGUGUGUAGCUGUACAGGAUAGUACUGAGACUGUGCUAUUGAAUGUGGUAUUUGUGUUUAUAGGAAGCACAUGAUCAGUUUUUUUCUCUCUCUCCUCAGACUUUAGCGCUCGCUUGAGCCUCAGGGGCUGUUUUGUUGUAUCUUUUCUUUUUCUUUUCAAAAUGCUCAGAUUUUGCUUCCUGUCCAGUCUGUAAUUUAACAUGCGAAAACUACAAAAAUUGUUUGUAUAAUAAAAGUUUUAAGAUAAUGUUGAUAUUCACCGUUCGGCACAGAGCUUGUAUAUAACAGGGAGGCGUUACUGCAGUAAAGUAAUUUUGGUGUGUUCAUUUUUGUUUUAAUUUUGUAAUUAAAAUAUCUCAUAAUUUGUAUUUAUAUUUUACAAAAGAAGUUGCUUUAAAAUAAAUAUACAAACUGCAAGAUGAAA